CAUUACCUGUCUGUCUUCCAAUACAUAUGUUUAUUUAUUUAAUUUAAGAACCCCUAUAAACGCCGAUUAUUGCAGGCCAGCCGUUUCGUGUAUUUCUCCUCUCCUUCCUACCGACCACCACCUCGACCACCACCCCACCACCCCACCAAUUCCUUUUAGCUAGGGUUUUACAUCUCUCUGGUAGAGAAUAAAAUAUAUGCUCAAAAUAUCAAAUGUUCUCCAGAUCUAUAAAUAAACUACUAUUACUUCAGUACCUUAAUCUGUCCACAUAGAAGAUAGAGAAAUUGGGAUCUCUCUCUCUGUCUGUUUCUUUUCUAACACAUACAGAGACAGCUACUAGAACCAUUAUUUAUUACAUCUAAUAAGACUCUCUCCUAGAAUUUAGAGAGACAGUAAGAUAAAACUAUGGGACAAGACAACUUCGCUGCUCAGAAGAGAGCGAGCGGCGGUGGAGGAGCUGGAGGGCUGCCCACAACACCCCCCGCCAACGGCAGAGCUCGUACAAUGCUCCCACGUGGCAGGCAGAUCAACAAGACAUUCAACAACAUCAAAAUCACAAUCCUCUGUGGCUUCGUUACUAUCCUCGUCCUACGUGGCACUGUCGGCAUUGGAAGCCUCAGUAGCUCCGACGCCGACGCCGUCAAUCAGAAUCUAAUCGAAGAGACUAACCGGAUCCUUAAAGAGAUCCGAUCCGACAGCGAACCAGAUGAUCCUGCAGAAUCGGAGAUCAACCCUAAUGCCACCUACAGUUUAGGUCCCAAAAUAUCCAAUUGGAACCAGGAACGCAAGGUAUGGCUGAGUCAAAACCCUGAAUUCCCCAACUUUGUUAAUGGGAAGCCUCGGAUUUUGCUAUUAACCGGGUCUCCUCCUAGUCCCUGUGAUAACCCGAUUGGAGAUCAUUAUUUGUUAAAGGCUAUAAAGAAUAAGAUUGAUUAUUGUAGGAUUCAUGGGAUUGAGAUCGUUUAUAAUAUGGCUCAUUUGGAUAAGGAACUUGCUGGGUAUUGGGCGAAAUUACCAAUGAUUAGGAGGCUGAUGUUGUCCCACCCAGAAAUCGAGUGGAUUUGGUGGAUGGAUAGUGAUGCGAUGUUUACUGAUAUGGUGUUUGAGAUCCCCUUGUCCAAGUAUGAUAAGCAUAAUUUGGUGAUUCAUGGCUAUCCCGAUUUGUUGUUUGAGCAGAAGUCGUGGAUUGCCUUGAAUACAGGGAGUUUUUUGUUUAGGAAUUGUCAGUGGAGCUUGGAUUUGCUUGAUGCAUGGGCUCCGAUGGGUCCUAAAGGUGCCAUUAGAGAGGAGGCUGGCAAGAUUUUGACAGCCAAUUUGAAGGGAAGGCCGGCAUUUGAGGCAGAUGAUCAAUCAGCUUUGAUCUACUUGUUGCUCUCGCAGAAGGAUCAGUGGAUGGAUAAGGUUUAUAUUGAGAAUCAGUAUUAUUUGCAUGGGUAUUGGGCUGGCUUGGUCGAUCGGUAUGAGGAGAUGAUGGAGAAGUAUCAUCCGGGAUUGGGUGAUGAGAGGUGGCCAUUUGUCACCCAUUUCGUUGGUUGCAAACCUUGUGGUAGCUAUGGGGAUUAUCCAGUCGAGCAGUGCAUGAGAAGCAUGGAGAGAGCUUUCAAUUUUGCCGACAACCAGGUUCUUAAGCUGUAUGGAUUUGGUCAUAGGGGAUUGUUGAGCCCUAAGAUCAAGAGAAUUAGGAAUGAAACUGUGACUCCAUUGGAGUAUGUAGACCAGUUUGAUAUUAGGCGUCCUGUGCAUGGCGACAGUGGAUCAAGGAGCUAGCAAUCGAAAGGCGUUCCAUAAGUCAUUAUUGUAGUUCAUUGCAAACUGGCAUAUGAUCCAUGGACUGAAUUUGGUGGGUGUUCGGCAUUGUGGUUAGCCAAAAUGGAAAACUCACCAUAGUUGCAAAAGUGCUCAGUUAUCAUCAUACCUUUGUAGGGGUGCCCUUUUAUGUUUUUUGACAAAAGUUGGUUCAAUGUAUUUUGGAAAAGCAUGAUUUUAUGCUUUUGAAAUUCCUUUUGGUUAAGAGAUUAUCAUUUGAACCUUGUAUUACAGUAACAUUAAUAUUUUCUCAAUUAAAUUAUAUAUAUUUUCUUCAUCUUAACA